AUGUCGCCGCCAUAUGUCACUAGCUCCGUACAGCUUCCACAGACUCAUCCUGGGACCCGCACCUGUGCCAUCCUGUGCCCUUUGAUUGUUGAGGCUGGCUUAGACAGCACUUUUUUACCAGGGCCGAGGCAGGAAGCCAAGACGCGAAGUCGAAAAUCGGUGCAGUUUACAUCUUGUCCCACGACUACGGCUAUGGGCUUCCAGCGCGCCCUGUGGCAGUGGCUAACCUUCGUGGCGGCAUCGGGCCUGUUUGAAGACUUCCUGUGGAUAAGUCAAAGCUAUGAUGAGAUCUCCCAGUGGCUCCAGGACAUUGCUACGGAUGCCCACAGCUUCGUCCUAGUGGGGAUUUUCGGCCCAUGUACAAAAAGCACCCGUGCCGAGAAGACAUGGCGUGUCUGCCUCGAGCGAGGCCUCGAUUCCGGACGGGGAACGAACAGAUUGAUCAAAGUUGCAAAUAGUUGGGAGACGGAAAGAAGAAAAAGGUUUCACUACGUAAUCUAUGCCGACGACAAUGGUGCGUUCACCUUCAGAGCCGACUGCUCUCCUGGUGGCUGUGGCGAUAUCGGCGCAACACCCCGAAAGAACGAGACAGCGCCGCUGUUCUUCCAACGUUUGCUACUCCAGCAUCAGCCGGCUGUCGCGUCCCCGAUCAUGGGGGAUGAUUCGGAGCCGGAGAGGAUGUUUAUUUGCGCAUCAAUUUUCGACCGGAAGAUCACCGCACACCAUUGGUCAGUGCGACACCACACUCUUCUUGUGUUGGAAGAGUUCCUGGAAGUGUCGAUGCUCGCCGCCACAACUUGUGCGCUCAAUGAGCUGGUGGAAGCAACCUACCGUGGACACACCAUUCUGUACAGGCCGUUUCAACGAGCAGGGAACGGCACUCGCUACUAUGAGCACAGAGGAAACUAUAUCCGAAAUAUGCAUCCGUGCUUACCGCGCAAAGUUGCGGAUGGAUGGGAGGACAGCCAACUUGUCUCCUGGAUGCGCCCUCAGCUCUCACGUUGUGCUUCCGAGCAGCUCGGGCCAUCAGUUUAUCUCCAGCGAGGUCGUCCGGUGUACGCCUGUUUGAAACCUCCUCGGAAUGUUGAUUACUCCAGGUUCCUCCCGUGUACUCCAUGGGCUAGGCCGGGGGAUGAUGACUUCUGCGUGAAGAAGCCGACUGCGAACCGACGCCCAAAGGCAGAUGGACAGCGCUUCGUGGACAAGUUUAUGCGAGGCAUGGUUGGGCAUGGAUGGCCGGACCUUCCACGGCUGGACCCUACGAAGGCUAGGGAUCGCCUUUGCAUCUUAGGCCGCCGCAACUACAAAGGCCUCGUUCGACACUAUGCCUCCAGACCGGCGGUGAACGGAAAGAUAGCUCAUCUUCCGGACGGCUUUCAAUGCGACGAUCCGUGCAAUGCUCUGCUGUUCGGGGCAGCUUUGCAAUCUCAGCAGCCAAGCCAUGUAGUCGCCGCACAACCUGAGUUGCAAGCCAUCGACUGGCAAACUGAAUGCAUGACCAGUUUUCUCCGCUCAUGGUCAAUGAUGGACCUGCUCGGUGGCGGGUGGUCUUCGAUGUACGAGCUAAUGCAGCAAGAGGUCGAGCGGCGCUCGCAAAGCCAACUUGAAACUCGUGACCCUGUUGAGUUGACAGCUGCCGUCCCACCUGAAAUUUGGCAGUCCAUCUCGAUCCUCGGACGGCAGUCGUGGGGAGAUUUUCCUUGUCAGGUAGAUACCUUCGUGAGACUCAUCCUUCCGGCCGCCGAGAAUUCCACGCUCCGUGCUGGACGAGUCCAUGCAGCACAGACCUACAUCUUCAGCUGCGCGAUCGAGUCAUGGCUGCACCCAAGCAUGGCUUCGGUGUGGGCCGUCAUUGCUCUGAUCGGAAGGCUUGGUGUGAAUAUAGAAGUUGCGUCGCUGUGUGAUCCAGAAAAACAGUCUUCAGGUGGCUGUGGAUUAAUUCCCUACCAAUACAAACACUUGGGGCCAAUCCUGCCGAAAUCACCCCUGCCUUUUAAACCCUAA